CGGCUUCAGCCUCCUUCGGGUACUGUAGUACCGGUAGGUACGAGUACGUUACGUACUGUAUGUUUCUUGCAAAAUACAAUUUGGUCACGGAAGAAUGACGCAACACAACAGACCACAGCUGCUGGAGAUCAACGAUUGCACUUCGACGAAACAAAGGGAACGAAGAAACAGGAACGAGAAUGGGACAAAAUAAUGUUUCUCAUCUGUUCCACGACACAAACCUCGAUUAUCGGAGUACUAAAGUCUCGAAUUGCGGCAGAAUAGCAAUCUAUGCUGUACCAUUCAAUCGGGGCGAUCAUCAUUUAUCACAAAAGUACCAACCAAUCAUCUAUUCAGCAUGAGUCUCGAGUCGGAUAUCAUCGAUGACGAAAACGAUUGGUCCGAAUAUGUCAGUCUUCGCGAGGAUUCCUUCGAUGUCGACCCGAAACUGGCGCCGCCUUCACCCGUAAGGCCUCGAGAGGAACACCAGCAACAMAAAAUCCCGCUAUCCCCGUCCAACAAMUCCCUGUGCAUUGAAAUGCCCCAGCAACUGCAUCCCGCGUGUUCCAUUGGGCUUAAGAAAGUAUCCUCCUGUUACUUUUCUCUCGCUUCUGCGAAUGAUCACGARUCGGUGUCCGAUCUGCUGUCGCAGCUGGGCGACGACGUUAACGAUGCCGGCGGAAGGAGCAACGAGAACGAGAGCAAUCCCAUCGACGAGUCGGUCAAUGUCUUCUACCACGAUGUUCUCAUGGAAGUUUUCACCUUUUUGGAUGCCAAGUCACUGAUGAAUUUCAGUGAAACCGCGAGGGUACCAAACUUUGAAGUCUUUUACUUUCUGCAGCUUCGGCUCCAACAGGCGCUGCUCUUAGACAACAGCAACGGGAACGAUCGCUUGGCGAUGAGCAUCGUCGGGAAACCAGACUUUUCGACUAUCGAGGGUUCUGCGUCUCUGCUGUCUCGCGUCGCGACCCUGGAUAUGAAGAAGGCCCGCRACCUCGUGGAGGAAUACCAAGACUCGAAUUCUACCCUGAGGACCAUGCCUCUAUCCUAUUCACUGGCCUAUGUCCGGCACUACCUGCUGCGCAACGGCUUUCACAAUUUCUUUUUCAACAACAACGAAAGCAACGAACCAAACAACGAAAUUGGCUCGACCAUGGCCCCGACGCCCCAGACACUCGCCAGCGCCGCGGUAUUUAUGACCGUGGUCGGAGCGGCAUCGAUCGUCUCGUCCUCGGACGCCUCGGCGAUCACCAYGAUGACCGAUCGGCUCGGGAGCGACCUGCCGAACGUGUUGUUCCGGGUUGGAUUCGUCGGAAGCCUGAUGCGAGCGAUAUCCGACACGGAUCACGGGACGGCGAUGAGAGAGAAGGCGGAGCAAAUGGCUCGGUCCGUGCAAGCAGUGCCCGCCGCCUUGAUGCCAGGGAGGCGAAACGGGCAGCAAGGACAGCACGAACACGAAUCACAGGUGUCAGAAGAUACGGCAAACCCAGAAYUACAAUCGCAAACUCAUCCAACACCGCAAAGRACGAAAUUCCUGCUUCCCUCUCUGUUCGAAAUGAAGCACAUGCUGCAAGACAUGGUGAGCAACGCGGUUGCCGCAGAAAAACAGAGGGAGCAACAAACAACAAUCUUUGGUCCAUACGAUCAUUUGCCUCCGGAGACAGGWACCGCUGAGCAGGAGAGAGGGGAAAAGAAGGAACAGGAUGCAUGCGAUGCGUACGAUGCCGACGAGAACGACGAACAGCCAUCCACCACACAAUGGAACGAUCCYAUGCACGUGGGAUCGAAUAGCACUGCAAAUCGGAAAAUGCCGAGCGGCUGUGUCGGAGCAUAUUCCAGGGCAAUUCACAGAGCUGCCGAUUUCGUUACCGAGCGCGUCAGGAAAGAGAGGAAAUCUGCGUUUCAAGCRUUGUCUCCCGAGGACCAACGCUUCCAAUCCCUCCGGUUUCUGAAUGCUUGURCCUCCAACGAUACGCUGGACGACGUGAAAGAGAUGAUCGCCUCCGUCGACGUGGAUCAAUUCUACGUAGGAAACGAUGGCGUCGAGACGUGCGCCCUUCACUCGGCGGCCUUCAACGGAGCGGAUCGGGUGGUGGAGUUCUUGUGCGCCGGAAUCGACCACCGAGACCCGUGUCUGGAUGGAGGCUUGUGCGAUGUGAACGCGAGGGACGAAAAUGGCUGGACCGCUCUGCACUUUGCGGCCGGGUCCAACUCGAUCGCGGCGGUCCGGGUCCUUGCCCGCCACGGAGCCGUCUUGGACGUGGAAGCCCACAACGGCUAUACACCCCUCUCGUGGGCCAAUCGGCUCUCCAACGACGGCGUUGCCGAGGUUUUGAAGGAACGAAUGGAAGUUGCCGCCAUGGAUCAGUCGAACACGUGGAUGUCUAGGCAGCCUCUUGCAUCCAUUGCAAACCGAUUUUUCUCCCUCAUUCCGUCGCGCUGAAUCGAGACGGGGCUUUUGCACCUUCAAACCGCACUCUGYAAUUUGCGUUGUGGAAGCAAAAAUCACGGUUGCGAUCAUCAUGGAAUUUAAAUCUUGCGAUUGUCUGCUUGCCGGAGACCUGCGGCAGUUUUGAUACAAUACARAUGUUAAAAUUGU